UUUUCAUAAUUGAAGGCUAUGAAUGUAAAUAUGUGGUGUUUGUGUGUGGAUCGAUGUAUCUCCAAAAUAACAACCAACAGCAAAAGCAAUGACGAUAUAACAACUACAAAAAAAAAACAACAACAACAUCAUUGAUUUCAAGCAAGGAAAGAAGAGCAAGCCAACAACAGAAAAAAAACAUAAAGCCAAACCAAGUGAAGCUAAUCCAAUAUAUUAAAAGUAAAACUGGUAUGUGUGUUUGUGUAUGUCUGGCAUGUUAACAUCAUCAUCAUCAUCAUCAUCAUUACCAAAAAAAACAACAACUAUCGACAACCAAAAAUCAAACAUUGGCCAUCACCAAUUGUGUGUGGACAUUGUCAUGUGAAUCAAAUACAAAAAAAAAAUCAUCAUCAGGCAUAAGAAACCAAGUCAAACAUUUAUUAUUUCCACAUUUGAUUGGAUUAAAUGAUUGAUUGAUUGAAAGUUAAAAAAAAAUCUGCCAACAAUGUCAACGACUAAAAAUAGUUCGGAUGGUCAAAUCAAUGGCCAUGAUGAUACCGGUGAUCAUAAUAAUAAUAACGGCAAACAUGAGAUGAUUGGUAAAGGUAUGGCUAAACCGAUUCCUAAUCAUGGAUCCACAUCAUCCGCAUCGAAUGCUGAUCUUCAUCAACAUUCACCAACAACUGAAGCUAAUAUGAAGAAAUUUAUGAAAAAUAGUCGCCGAUCACGUAGCCGAUUUGGUCGUGGAUUAGCUAAAAAAGGUGGUGCAGGUGGUAAAGGAACAUGGGGAAAAAUCUGUGAAGUAUAUCCGGAUGGUGAUGGUGAUUAUUUGGAUCCAAAUGAUCCUAAUUAUGAUUCAGAUAAUAUGGAAAAUUGUAAAAUCGAAGCCAUAACACCGGUUUUGGAUGAAGAUCAAAUUGAACAAUAUGUUAAACCGAUUGUCACUGAAUAUUAUGAACAUGGUAACACUGAAGAGGUUAUCGAUUCAUUGCAAGAAUUUAAUUUUGGCGAGGAACUUUAUAUGAUUGCUGUCAUUGCCAUUUCAUUGGCAAUGGAACGUAAAAAUGCUAAUCGAGAAAUGACAUCGGUAUUGAUAUCCGAUUUGUAUGGUCAUGUUUUUCAACAGAAAGAUAUUGAACAUGCAUUCGAUGUUUUGCUUGAAAUGCUUCCUGAUCUAAUGCUUGACACACCGAAUGCGGAUGAAUUGUUGGGUAAUUUUAUUGCCCGUGCUGUUGCCGAUGAUUGUAUCCCACCGAUUUAUGUUAAACGUAACAAAGAAAAAUAUACGAAAAAGCCGCAAAAGUUUUCCAUCGAAGUAGCACACGAUUUAUUGACCAGUAAACAUGGUCUCAUUAAUGUGGAUCGAAUUUGGGGUUUUACUGGCGGUAUGCGACCAGUAAAAUAUCUGAUCAAACAGAUGCAUUUGAUUUUAGAAGAAUAUCUCGUAUCGAAUCUGGCAACAGAUGCUGGAUCAAAUCUCAAUGAUUUGGAAGUACCACAUUUCCAUCAUGAAUUUGUCUAUGAAGCUAUUGUAAAAGCUAUUGAAGAUAGUAAAGAGACAACAAUCGAUAAGAUUUGUGCAUUGCUCAAAUAUUUAUUCGAUUCCGGUGUCAUCACUAUUGAUCAAUUGAAAAAUGGCUAUCUACGUGUUUUUGAAGAGAUGCCAGAUAUUGUCAUUGAUGUACCGUUUGCAUAUGAAAUACUUGAAACGAUCAAAACCAAAGCGGAAAAAUUGGAAUCAUUUCCAAAUGAAUUGGAAAAAGAAAUGCCACAAAGGGGACGAAAACGUUUCGUGUCUGAAGGUGAUGGUGGUGUUAUCAAAGCCUGAAUUUUUUUUUUUUUUUUUUUUGAAAAAUGGCUACGCCGCCCAUUAAUUUAGUUUCAUUCGAUUCGUAUUCCUGUCAUUUGUCAAACAAAAAAUUUUUUUCUAAAUUUUAUAAAUCUCAUCAUAUAUUCUA